AUGUGGUUGCUGUCGGGUGAUGCUGUCGUUUGUCUUGAACUUGCCUGUGAGGACUGCAUUAGUUUCUUGUGGCAUGCUGUCGCUUCAUGGACAUGGGAUGCUCAGGAUGAGACUUGCGGAAUUUGUAGAAUGGCCUUUGAUGGCUGCUGUCCUGACUGUAAACUCCCCGGGGAUGAUUGCCCCCUCAUAUGGGGUUCUUGCAAUCAUGCAUUCCAUCUCCAUUGUAUCUUAAAGUGGGUGAAUUCACAGACCUCUCAAGCUCAUUGCCCCAUGUGCCGGAGAGAAUGGCAAUUCAAGGAGUGAAAAAAGACACAAGUGAAGAUUAUAAAUUCCUGCUCUCGAUUCCAUUCUGCGACAAGAAAAAUUCGGUGUCUCAUCAGUCUCAAUCUUGUUCCUAGGAAAUACAGUACAGCAUGUUUCUUGGUUCCAAGUUAUUUUAAGGUGUAAAAUGGUGGAGUGAUUGUAAGAUGGUCAUUCUUCGCAGGGGAUUUCUAUUGCCAUGUCUCUUCUGAGCUUUGAUUUGUGCCCCAGUAACCUCUUAUCUUCUCAUCCAUUUCUUAUAUAUAAUAGCAUGUUGACGGGAGCUUGGAUAUCGA